CCGAGACAUGACGGAGGGAAUGUAGUGGGGCCUCUCCGGAACAGGGACAUGUUCAGAACGAGGCUUUGUGUGUCUGUCGGGGGGCUGAGGGGACUGCGGCUCAGCUCGUCCUCCAGCGCCAGCGGCUUUUCCUCCAACCAGGUCCGGCAGACCUUCCUGGAUUUCUUCCAGCAGAAACACCGACACCGGUUCGUCCCGUCCUCCCCGGUCCGGCCGCGGGGGGACCCGAGUCUCCUGUUUGUCAACGCGGGAAUGAACCAGUUUAAGCCCAUCUUUCUGGGCACGGCAGACCCCCGCAGUGAGAUGGUGAAUUACCGCCGUGUAGUCAACAGUCAGAAGUGCAUCCGUGCAGGCGGCAAACACAAUGACCUGGAGGACGUGGGGAGAGACGUCUACCACCACACCUUCUUCGAGAUGCUCGGGAACUGGUCUUUUGGAGACUACUUCAAGGAAGAAACCUGCGCCAUGGCCUGGUCUCUCCUCACAGAGCAUUAUGGCAUAUCUCCAGACAGACUUUAUGUGUCCUACUUCGGUGGCGAUGGCGAGUCGGGGUUACCAGCUGACCAGGAGACGAGAGAGAUCUGGCUCAACAUCGGGGUGCCGGCGGACCGCGUGCUGCCAUUCGGACCGCGGGAGAACUUCUGGGAGAUGGGGGAUACGGGCCCCUGCGGCCCCUGCACGGAGAUUCACUACGACCACAUCGGCGGGCGCAACGCCGCCCUGCUGGUCAACUCACACAGUCCUGAUGUGGUGGAGAUCUGGAAUUUGGUCUUCAUGCAGUAUAACAGGGAGGCAGACCACAGUUUGCGCCCCCUGCCCAAGCUGAGUGUGGAUACCGGGAUGGGACUGGAGAGACUGGUGACGGUUCUUCAGGGGAAACGAUCGAACUACGACACCGACCUGUUCACUCCGCUGUUGACUGCCAUCCAGGAGCGGUCCGGGUGUGGGGGCUACCGGGGCAGGACGGGGGAAUCGGAUGAAGGGAAGGUGGACAUGGCGUAUCGUGUGGUGGCGGAUCACAUCAGGACCCUGUCGGUCUGCAUCGCUGAUGGAGUGUACCCAGGAAUGUCCGGAGCUGAGCUGGUGCUGCGGAGGAUUCUACGUAGAGCUGUGCGCUUCUGCAUUGAAGUCCUGCAGGCCCCCCAGGGGGCGCUGGCAAGCCUCGUUCCAACAGUCGCCCACAUCCUAGGUGAUGCCUUUCCUGAACUGCACAGAGACACGGACAGGAUUAUGGACAUCAUCAAUGAGAACGAGCAGCAGUUCCUGGCAUCUCUCCAGCGAGGACGCAGGCUGAUAGAGAACACUCUGAGAACCACAGAGAGCCGCCAGCAGCUGUUUCCAGGUGCCGUGGCUUGGUCUCUGCACCGGAACCUGGGCUUCCCUCUCGAUCUGGUGGACCUAAUGGUGGAGGAAAGGGGGACCAGGGUGGACCACACAGAAGUGGAGUGUCUCAGAGCCCAAGAAGAGAAGCGUCGAUCAGAGCUCCAGCUCUCUGAGAUGGAGAACCAGUUGAGGUUGGACGUCCACAGCCUGGCAUUGCUGCAGAGCAGAGCGGUCCCUCAGACAGACGACAGUCCUAAAUACCAAUACAGCCUUGACGCCCACAACCAAUAUGUGUUCCCGUCCUGCCAAGCCAGCAUCCAGGCUCUGUACAGCGGACAAACUCUGGUGUCAGAGGUCACCAGGGGUCAGAGUUGUGGGGUCAUUCUGGACCGUACCUGCUUCUACUCUGAGCAGGGGGGGCAGUCACAUGAUCAGGGCUAUUUCAUCAGAGAUGGAGAGCAGGAGGUGCUGCAUCCUGUGGAGAUGGUAUCUCUAGCAGGGGGAUAUGUGGUUCACCAGGUGACGGCUGCUGACACUCUUAGGAUAGGAGACUCGGUUCUGCUCCACCUGGAUCAGGGCCAGCGGCUGGCCUGCAUGGUGAAACACACCGCCACCCACCUCCUGAGCUGGGCCCUGCGGGGUCUGCUGGGCCCCAGCACCGAGCAGAGAGGCUCCCACGUCACAGCAGACCGCCUCCGCUUCGAUUUCAGUGUCAAGGCUUCUCUGAGCAUCUCCCAACUUAAGCAGUUGGACUGCUUUGUCCAGGACGUCGUCACAGAAAACCAAACAGUCUAUGUAGAGGAGAUUCCUCUGGACCGGGCCAGCACCAUCCCCGGUCUCAGGACCAUAGAUGAGGUGUACCCUGACCCGGUGAGGGUGGUGUCUGUUGGGGUGCCAAUCUCAGAACUACUGGACAGCAGGACAGACAGACAGACGUCUGUGGAGCUGUGCUGUGGAACACAUCUACUAAGGACAGGGGCAAUUGAGGACCUGGUGGUUGUGUCAGAGAGACAGAGGUUGAAGGGAGUCAGUCGCAUUGUGGCUGUUACUGGAGAUCAAGCCAGACAGGCCCGGGAAGUCGGCCAGGCAUUAACCCAGGACGUGGAAUCUCUGUCAGCCAGAAUAAAGGCCUCCAUCUCCUCCUGCCUCCCCUCCGCACAGCAGCUGGCCAAGGAGGUGGGCGUCCUGUCGGAUGCUGUCGACAACACUCCCAUCCCUCAGUGGCAGAGAAGAGAACUUCAGAGUCUUCUUAAAGCUCUCCAGCGCAGCUCCAACACCACCAUCCGCAAGCUGGAGACCAGAGAGGCUGCAGUCAAAGCUCAGUCACUGCUGGAGAAGAACGGAGACAAGACGCUGCUGGUGGACUCGGUGGACUUGGACUCUCUGUCUGUUGUGAUGAAGACGGUUAACCAGAUCAGCGAUAGAGCGCCAGCUAGCUUGGUGAUGCUUCUUUCACACCAGCAGCCUUCUGGGAAAGUUCUCUGUGCCUGCCAGGUGCCAAAGGGCUUCACAGCUCUCUCAGCCAAUGACUGGGCGGUGGCGGUGUGUUCCUUCCUGGGUGGGGCCGCGGGGGGAUCGAUGCUGGUGGCCAAGGGAACAGGAAGUAGCAGUGACAUCACAGAAGCACUGAGAUGGGCGGAGGAGUACGCACGCAACAAGACAAACUCAUGAUGAGCUCUGUAAAGGAAAACUGGUGAAGAACGCUCAGAAAAUACUGGCUCUCUUUCAUGUCAGCUAAUGGGAGUUUCCCAGUACAACCAGUCUACCUGACACCUCAGCUGGAGCAGUGGCGCCUGGCUCAGUGGUACUGUGUCAGGAACUCCUGCAGACACAAACCUCUAAUAUGACCUCGCCCCUGUAGAGUGAGGCAUCUGUUUUGAAAUAUGCACUUGAAGAAUUAUCUGUCAUUAUUUACUUGUGUGUUAGUCCAGAACUGAUGGAGAGCUGAAUAUUCCCAACAUGUGUUCACUGUCUGACUGACUGGUGCCUGAAAAUAAGAGUUCACCAUCAAGUCCAGCUCUGCUACAGCAGCUUCAGCAGACGUUAGAAAGGCAAAAUCAUAAAUCCUCAUAAUCCACGUCAAUCCCACCUGACCUGCCACAUACUUCAAAUCCUAUCAUCCAUCAUGAAUUAACUAUUGGUUCAGCAGGGGGCACUGUGUUCAGCCCACUAUUCUGCACUUUUAUGUGCACCAACAGGAAGUGCUCAUUAAUUUUGAAAAGUAAUCUGAUUGGUCGAUGAUUUACUCCAAACAUGUUUUCUCAAAGGUUGAGUUUAUUUCUUUGCUAAGUCUUGGUAACUGGGUAGUCUUGGUAACCGGGUAGUGAGUCUGCAGAGUUUUCAGUUAUAAUUUUUACAUCAGUCCACAAAUGGCCUGGUGGCCUGUCCGGGGUGUCUCCCCACCUGCCGCCCAGUGACUGCUGGGAUAGGCUCCGGCAUCCCCGUGACCCCGGUUGGGAUAAGCAGCUUGCAUAAUGGAUGGAUGGACAUCAGUCCACAAAUGGACUUAUCUCAGAAGAGUUGUGCGUUGAACACUUUUGGAUCGUAAAACAGUCGAGUCAAGUGUUCAUUCCAACCACAACCAGGAGAGUGUCCUGUGAUUCCAACCACAACCAGGAGAGUGUCUUGUGAUUCCAACACAGCCAGGAGAGUGCCCUGUGAUUCCAACCACAACUAGGAGAGUGUCCUGUGAUUCCAACCACAACCAGGAGAGUGUCUUGUGAUCACAACCAGGAGAGUAUCCUGUGAUUCCAACCACAACCAGGAGAGUGUCUUGUGAUCACAACCAGGAGAGUAUCCUGUGAUUCCAACCACAUCCAGGAGAGUGUCCUGUGAUUCCAACCGCAACCAGGAGAGUGUCCUCUGAUUCUAACCACAACCAGGAGAGUGUCCUGUGAUUCUAACCACAACCAGGAGAGUGUCCUGUGAUUCUAACCACAACCAGGAGAGUGUCCUGUGAUUCCAACCACAACCAGGAGAGUGUCCUGUGAUUCCAACCACAACCAAGAGAGUGCCCUGUGAUUCUGUGGGGUUAAUGAAAGAUGAGCCUGUCUGCAGAUGAAGACUUAGUCUUAAUCGAUGAACUAUGAAUCCAGAUUUCUUUGUUUUGGAAGAAAUAAAAACACUGGGAGUA